UCCACUCACACCUUCUUCCAUCUACACCUUCUGCCUCACUUCUCUUGCACACUUCAAAUUGCAAAUUCUAGGGUUAGGGUUUUCAUUUCUAAGCAUAUUAGAAAAUGAGUUCUACCGGUGGUUCAACCAAGGGUGGGAGGGGCAAGCCCAAGGCUUCCAAAUCUGUUUCUCGAUCACAGAAAGCCGGCCUUCAAUUCCCUGUUGGAAGAAUCGCUCGAUUUCUCAAAGCUGGCAAAUACGCAGAGCGUGUUGGUGCCGGCGCUCCAGUCUACCUCUCUGCAGUGCUUGAGUAUCUCGCAGCCGAGGUUUUGGAACUGGCUGGGAAUGCUGCUAGGGACAACAAGAAGAAUCGGAUUGUUCCUAGGCAUAUUCAACUUGCUGUGAGGAAUGAUGAGGAACUGAGUAAGCUUUUGGGGUCUGUCACCAUUGCCAAUGGAGGUGUUUUGCCUAAUAUUCAUCAAACUCUUCUUCCCAAGAAGGUUGGCAAGGGAAAGGGCGAAAUUGGAUCUGCUUCUCAAGAGUUUUAGGAUUUUGAUGGCUCUUUUUAGAAAAUAGUUUUAAUUUCAUUCUGGUUGUAAUAUACUUGGUUUGGUUUAUCUCUAUAUAUUUUCCCUGAGAGGUUGAGUGUUUCUCAGUCCGAUGAGCUAAAUGGUGUAUGUUCUUUUGGAUUAUAUGAGAAAUGAAAAUUGGUGUUUUUGAUCGUUUCGAA